UUUAGAGACAUAGCGGUCAAAUGGUCUCAUCUCUCUUAAUGUGCUUUAGCUUCGGAAUCCUUUUAAUAGCCAUUGGAUUUCAAGUUCGAACUACUACGUCCGUAUAAGUUUCAGUUGCUUCUGAAUAUCACCUUCUAUAUAUACCCCCAAAAUCACACGGCGAUCCAACACUACCCCUUUAAAGUAAUCCUAUAUUUUCGUUUCCUGUUUAAACCCUUUUUAUCAUUUGAUAUGGAAAAUGGUCGACAGCCAAUGAAAGUCGUGAUCAUCAACACCAAGUACGUGAAGACGGAUGCCACCAGCUUUAAGUCCGUCGUACAAGAGCUGACCGGCAGAGAUUCGAAGGUUGCGACCAACUCGCCGAGGCCGAGAAGCCGGUUUUACGAGGAACAAGUGAAGAAGAAAGAACAGGCCGGGGUUCAGACAGCUGCAGGGGUCGGAAGUAGUACUUCUUCUAGACCGGGGGAUUCGAUUUUGAUGAAAAAUUUGUCGUUCAAGGAGUUGGAAAGGUUGUUAAAAGAGAUGCCUCCGGGGGAUGAUUUAUGGUGGAAUAUGGAUUGAUGUUGCACGAAUUUUAUAACCCAUAGUUUUCAGGUAGGAGGGAAGGCUAAAUUAUUUUGAUCUAUAGCUAGAAUGGCUGCUGCUGCUGCAGUGGUGUGUUUUUAUACUAAUAAUUGCAGGGACAGCAGCAAGCCAUUCUAAUUAUGGAUUAAUUUAGUUAUUCCUUGUAUUAUUCAUUCAUUAUUUUUUAUGCUAUAUAUAUCCCAAGUAUAA